GAGGAGGAGGAGGAGGAAGAGGACGACAGCAUCCGGCUGAACAAAUACGUCAUCGACCCGGACAUGAUCCAUCCACAGUCGCCCUACGAGGCAGUGCUGGCCUCAGAGCCUGACCUCAACAAACGACCGCAGAAAUCCGCGCUCAAGAAGUCGGGUCUGGUGGGGGCGGGGACUGCUGGAGGCCUGAAUGCGGCGUCUAGCUGGACGGCCCGACCCCUGGACACCAGCCGAGCCAGCCCCACCCCGGGCGCAGGCCCAGCUGGGGCUCCUCUAGGGGGUGGCAGCGCAGCCGGCCUCCCGAGGCACAUUGAGGGCCCCCCGGCCCACGUGUCCCCCCAGAGCACCCCCGUGGGCACCGUCAGACCUAUACCCCGGCCCAGGGUUUCCAUACAAGCCACGGGAGACAAUGAGAGUGACAAGGAGAACUCGCACCCUCAGGUGCAGGAGCAGCCCGACUACGACAAUCUGGGAGACUCGGACUCGGAGGAUGAGGAGAUCCGAUACAAGGACGAUUAUGAUCCGAACUCACUGGCGGCCAAAGUGGCAAGAAAUGACAGUCUGGCCCGCUUCUUGGACAACCGGCCCACCAAGCAUGACCUGGUGGCCAAAAAUAUCAUUCCAGACCUGACCGACUCGCAGAAGAAAGAGCUCAGGGAGGCCGUAGGAGCCAAACUCACGCGACGGCUGAGUCUACGGCCCACUCAGGAAGAACUUGAGAACCGGAAUAUUCUUCAUCAACAAUCCACAGCUGAGCAGCGUGCGGAGAAAGAGAGAAAGAAGAGAUACCUUAUCCGGAAGCUGAGCUUCCGGCCCAGUAUAGAAGAGCUGAGAGAGAGAAAAAUCAUCGACUUCAGUGAUUAUGUAGAAGUUACCGACGCACAUGAGUAUGAUAGGAGGGCAGAGAAACCCUGGACAAAACUCACGCCCAGAGACAAGGCUGCUAUCCGGAAGGAGCUGAACGAGUUCAAGUCCCGCGAGAUGGACGUUCAUGAAGACAGCCGGCAUCUGACCAGGUUCCACAAGCCUUGACCUCAGCUGGACCUAAUCCUCCUCCAACUGGCCAUAAUCCUGUACAGACCUGCCUGCCUCUCUGAGCCCGCGCUAAACCCUGUCCUUGACCCGCCCUCUUGUCUACCGCAGCUGCAGCUGUUCCUGUCCUCGCAGCUGUUGCAACUGUCGUGUCGUCGCAGCUGUCGUGUUGUCACAGUUGUCAUGCCAUCGCAGCUAUCACAGCUGUCUUGUCAUCGAAGCAGUUGUGUCGUCACAGCAGCUGCAGCUGUCAUGUUGUCGCAGCAGUUGUUGUCAACACAGCUGUCGUGUCGUCACUGCUGUCGUGUCAUCACAGCUGUUGUGUCGUCGCAGUUGUCAUGUCGUGGCAGCAGUUGCAGCUGACGUCCUGCCUGUCUAAAUGAGGUGAUCCAGCACCUACUCUUCAACGGCUGGGGUUCGAAUCCUCAGGCUCUCAGAUGGGAGUCCUGAAGGAUUUUCUUCUGAUGCCCCUUCUCAUCCUAGAAUUCUAAUGUCAGACGGGAUUCCCCUCACCCCCUCUCCCUAAAGCCAGUGGUGCAGUUUUUCGUACAGGUCCCGAACCUGAGACCCCCCUGGAUUAUAUAGUGUGUUAUCUCUACAUGAUGCACGCGGCUGUGAAAGAUGUCCGAAUGACUCGUGUUGUUUUGUCAGAUGUUUCUGUGAGUCCAAACUUUUGUCCCCCGCAUUUGUCUGCUGAACAUAUCUCUGGGACUCUGUGCUACAGAUCUUAUCAAUGAUUUCUGGGGGAAAUUUCACUUUCUUUGACCUGAGGAAGUGUGGACGUGGUGCGCUGUGGAUGUGUCACUGUGUUACUUGGAGGCUUUGAGAAUGUCAUACCUUGAAGAUGUACCCCCCCCCCAGAGUAUGUAGUGUGUGUUGUGAGAAAGGGGAGGCAAAGACAGACAGAGAGAGAGAGAGAAAGAAGUUCAAGAUAAGAGAAUUUUCUUUGUUUAGUUUCCUCCUUUUAAGUCUGAGGUCUAGAGUAAAAUGUCAGGCUAGUCUGCGUGUUGGGCAUCAAUGCAUUUCAACCCCAUCAAAUCCUCCCCCAGCUCAAAGCCUCUUUCUGUAUCGUCGCCCAGAAUUUUUCUCUCCUUUUAUUCCUCCAGUUCAAUUUUUUUUUUUCGAGGAAUGGUGAACAAAUUCCAGCCGAGAAGUAAUCAAGUUUUUCAAGAUGAUUGUUGCAGUGGUUGUGCUUCUGCAACCGAGGGAGGAAAUUUAGCAUUUAAGUCUUUGUGCAUUGUACAUCGGUGAAGGCGUGAAUGGAGCUAUGUACAUGUGUGUGCCUGGCGCUCGGUGUGUCACGAUUGCUGCGCUCUUCUUGUGGACAUGGGAGAGCAGAUGCGUGCGUCAUCAGUCUCAUGGUUGCCUGGGAAACGGCAGAGAGAGAACAAAUACAACCUCAUAGUCAUAACACAAAGCCAUCCAUUGAUAUUGCUGUGUUAAGCAGUACAAAAGGUUAUCCUUAUGACUUUUGCAAGGUGAAGAUAUCUCAUUGAUUUGAUUUUUAGUACAUGAAACACAACCCUAUAACAGUGGUCCUUUUAAAGCAAAUGCGGUUAAUGCAAAAACUACGGUGAACUGUAGAAUCAAAUUCCUGAUUUUCUAUUUCUUUUACUUUAGAAUUAUUUUUUUUAAACUAUUUGCACAAACUCCCUUUACCGAAAACCUAGCUUUAAGCGGUCUGCACUGAAUGUAUUGGGGAUUUUUAUUGGAUACCAUACCAGCUUCUAGUCUAGAGAACUGAAAAAAAAUUACUUUGGCAUUAGUGUUAUGACUGUGACAAAUAUAUGAACAAUGUUGGGACAUGGGAUCAGUUCCAGAACAAGAUAUGGCUGAAAUUCUCUGCCUGGUUUUGUUCCUUUUAUGUCAGAAUUUUGUGGCAGCCAGUACUGGCCUAUUGUGCUAUUCUCAGUUGUCUUUUCAUCACCCUUUCUUCUAAUGUAGGUCAAAUUAGCCCCUUGCAUAUUUUUGUUCUCAGAAGGCUGAAAGGAGGGGAGUGGUGGGGUGGAAGAAAGAUUCAUAUAAUCUGCAUCUGCUCAAUGGGUUUGUGUGAGAAUUUCAUGGUAUUUUAGAAGCAAAUUGUUUGAUGUGAAUGAAAUCAAAACGUGCACGUUUCUUGGGCAUUUCCUCUUUUUUUCUUACUGUCUGUUCAGACAGUCAAGUCCACAGAAUGAAUUUUACGAAAGGUUUCUCAUGCGAGGCUAUAUAUAGUGCAAAUUUUCUGUUUCUGUUGAUGGCAUUUGUCCUCAAGCAUUGCUUGUAGAUCUCACCGUGGCAUUAGAAGGAAAAAGUUACAGUAGAGUCCGCUAAAACCCUACACGGUUUAUCGGAAAACUGGGGUAAACUGAAAUGAAGAGAAUCCGUAAUUUUUCUCUCUGCUGUUUAAGCAAUAUCUCUCUGAACUGUAAACAUCUAUACCAGAAGGAAAUCUGGCAGUCCGGCAGAUAACAGUUUCAGUGGACCCCACUGAGUUGCUUUUGCUUUUUCCCAGCUCUUUGGUACUUGUAAUGGUAAGUUCAUCUUGACAAGAAGAGACGCAAUGUCUCCUUCUCCACUGCUUGGCGUAAGUCUCCGUUAUACUGGGGUAUGUCUCUACCUGUGCUUCCGUCUCUAUUUCUGUCUCCAUCUGGUCUGUAUCUAUUCCGUCUCUGUUUUUGUCUGUGUCUCUGUCUCUGUCUUUGUCUUUGUCUCCAUCUGGUCUGUGCCUACUCUGCCUGUGUGUACAUCCUCUCCUAGGGUUUUCCUCAGUCCCUGGUUUUGCUCAAAACAAAGAUGGACACGACAGCUCUUGUGUGCUUGGUGACUUUAAGUAGACAAACUUUUACAUCUUUGAGGUCGAUUGUUUUUUUAAUACACUCUAGGCUAUUCCAAGAAUGGAAAAAAAGAACUUCUGAACUGCUAAUCUUGCCUGUGCAAACUUUUAGCAUGUGUAGCAUAUCAGCAUAUUUAGAUUUUUUACCAGAAUGUUUUUUUCACUUUGAUUGUAAACAUACAAGCAAAAAAAUGUAGACAAAUGUUUGAAUGGUAGCAGCAGAAGUUAAUUCUUUUCAUAGAGAAACCAGUGGGAAACAGUCGCUGACAUUAGCCUGCGAUCAGGCGAGUUCGCUGCAACACUGCACGGGUCGAGAUAAGCUCCGUGCUGCACACAGAUUGUUCACCUAUUGUUGUUGAAUAUUUCUCCCUUCUUUUGUCGACUCAUUGAGGGCUCGCACUCUGGUUACUCAACAGCGCUGGAAGAUCUUUGAAGACGCUUUGUUUUGGGGCAUUUU